GUCGUUCCCAACCUACAUGUACGUACAUAACCAUAGCGAUGUCACCGAUUAGAUCUUACAUCAAUCCAGGAGUGGGCCUGUUGCCCACCCAACCACCAAAGUUAGCAAUCAACGUGCUUGACUUAUUCUCACUCAAGGGGAAAGUAGCCACCGUUACUGGCUCGUCCCAGGGGAUAGGUUUAGCUGUAGCUGAAGCGUUUGCCCAGGCAGGGGCCGACAUUGCCAUCUGGUAUAACUCGAAUGCUGACGCUGUUGCCAAAGCAGAUGAAUUCGCCAAGAAAUAUGGUGUUCGUGCCAAGGCAUACAAAUGCCACAUAGGCGUUGCUGCCGAGGUUGAGAAGGUGAUUGGGGAAAUUGAGCAUGAUUUCGGCACAAUUGAUAUCUUUGUCGCCAAUGCUGGUAUUACCUGGACACAAGGUCCUGUUCUUGAUGUUGACGGGUACGAUACUUGGCAAGAAUUGAUUGAUUUGAAUUACAGUGGUGUUUAUUACUGUGCUCAUGCAGUGGGGAAAAUCUUUAGAAAAAACGGCAAGGGAUCCUUGAUCUUCACCAGUUCAAUUUCCGCCAGCAUUGUUAAUGUACCUCAAUCACAGACGCCGUAUAAUGUCACCAAGGCUGCGGUUAAGCAUUUGGCAAAAUCGCUUGCUGUUGAAUGGGCGCCUUUUGCAAGAGUGAAUACUGUUUCUCCAGGUUAUAUUAUUACUAGCAUUACUGAUUUCGUCGAUCCCGAAACGAGAGAAAAAUGGUGGCAGUUUACUCCUAUGGGCAGAGAGGGAAUUACCCAAGAAGUUGUUGGUGCAUUCUUAUACUUGGCAUCUGAUGCAUCCACAUAUACUACUGGUAGUGACAUUGUUGUUGACGGUGGAUAUACUUGUCCUUAGGUUAGAACAUACAUAUAUAGUCAUCCUGCAUGUAAAAUCAUUCGAUAAUUGUCCGUUGGACCGUAUCUAAAAAAGAUGAGUCGUGUGGAAACCAGCAGGAUAUCAAGUUAUCGCCGCUUUCCACCACCCCUCUUUAAAAUCAAAAUCAGACAGCCUCAUGAGACUUAUCACCGUAGAGACUAUAGUAUACAUAGAAACCUAAAUGAUAAAUCGAU